AGAAAAUUAUGAAACUGAAAUAUCUCUCUUUGGUUGUAUUAUUAAUCUUUGUGGGUAUAGAAUAAGCUGUUACAUAGUUUUGUCUUUGUAAAGCUUUAACCUUUAUUCUCUCUCUUAUUUAUUGGGUUAUAAGGGUCACCUUGUGUUUUAUAUUUAGAACUAGGGAAAUAGAGAUCCAUUGAUUUUGUUUUUUCAUUUCUCCCCAUUUGGGUUCUGACCCAUUAAUCUUUUCUGUUUUUCUAAUAUUGGGUAUCUGUUUGUUUCCUGGGAAAAGAUCUGAGAAAGAAAAAGAAAACAUUUUUGGGAAAGAAAAGAAGAUAGAAGAGAUGGGUGUUGAUUUAAGGCAAGUGGUGGCUGGAAUACUCACAUUGACAAUGUUUGUGAUGCUUGGGAAUAUGAUUAAAAGAGACCAUUUUGAUUCUGCUGUUGGUGAAACAUUCCCAGGAGAUAGACAUGUAAAUUUGGAUAAUGCCAAGAUUGCAAAGCAAGUUGUUAGUUUUCCAGAAAAGAGUGUAGUGCCAUGGAAAGAUAACAAUCAAGAACUGAAAGCAUGUUGGGCUAAACCAGGUUUAGAUGGUGUAGAGCAGACAAAUGGAUUUGUCAUAUUCUCUUUAACAAAUGGCCCUGAAUAUCAUGUUUCUCAGAUUGCUGAUGCGGUGGUAGUAGCAAGAUCUCUAGGAGCAACCCUUGUAGUUCCCGACAUUAGAGGAAACAAACCCGGUGACCAGAGGAGUUUCGAAGAAAUUUAUGAUGUCGAGAAGUUUGUGAAGAGCCUUGAAGGAGUGGUGAGAGUGACAAAGAAUCCUCCUGCUAAGCUAUCAACAAGGAAUCUUGCUGUUGUGAAAGUCCCUAAUAGGGUUACAGAAGAUUAUAUCGCGGAGCAUAUUGAACCAAUUUAUCGAAAUAAAGGAACUAUUAAGUUGGUUACUUACUUCCCUUCGGUAAACAUGAAAAAGGCGGACAAAGAGAGUCCUAGUGAUUCAGUUGCAUGUUUGGCAAUGUUUGGAACUUUAGAGUUGCAACCCGAGAUUCAAGAAGUAGUUGACUCGAUGGUUGAGCGUCUAAGAACACUGAGUCGAAAGUCAGAUGGGCAAUUUGUUGCAGUGGACUUGCGGCUUGAGAUGUUGGAGCAUAAGGGUUGCCUAGGAGAUGCUGAUUCUGGUACAAAAAGUUGUUAUAGCGCAGACGAGAUAGGUACCUUUUUGACAAAACUCGGGUUUAGCAAAGAUACCACAAUUUAUUUGACUGAAUCUAAGUGGGACAGCAGCUUAGACUACUUAAAAGAUGUCUUCCCAAAAACUUAUAUUAAGGAUGGGAUUAUACCUGCGGAUAAAAAAUCAAAGAUCUUGGAUUCGGACACUACUGAAUUCGAGAAGGUUGUUGACUUCUACGUGUGUUCUCAAAGCGAUGUAUUUGUUCCUGCAAUCUCGGGUCUGUUCUAUUCAAAUGUUGCCGGUAAGAGAAUUGCAUCGGGCAAGACACAGAUAAUUGUUCCCGCCGAUAUACCAAAAUCGUCUGCCUCUUUCGGGGAUUUCAUCACUCACUAUGUGACAAAGAAGAACCAUUUGGCAUACUCAUGCUUCUGCUAAAAGAGAGUUGAAUUGGAAUAUGGAUUAUUAGCAAAGAUAGCUUAAGUAACAAAAAAAAAACAUGGCAGCUGAGAAGAGAAGAGAAGAUAGAAAGGAAAGGUCAAAGGUCAAAGGUCAAAGGUCAAAGGUGUAUAAUGUUGUUAUGAUUUGGUUUUUGGAGAAACGUAUAAAAAGCUAAGUUACUAUGUGAAGUGAAGGUGAUUGUUUUGUUAGAGACUGCAUUUUGAUGGAAGAAGUUGCCAUCCCAUCCAUUCAUCCAUCAAACUCUUUCUUAUCAUGGUUCAUAUAUUGUUUAAUACAUUUCAAGACCCUUUUUUUUUUCUUACUCUUAUUUUUUAGGUUUAUUCUUUGUAAUGUCUUUAGUUGGCUUUCAAUUUUGUUUAAAACAAGAUUAUAGUUUGUGGUGGUGGCAACCCGAGAUGCAUAAUAUGUCAAAUUCUCUCUAUCAAUUAAAUUAAAUGAGAAAUGUUAAAAGACAAAGUGUUGCUUAGCA